ACAAUAGGCGGGUACUGAAAGAGUGCAUCCCUCAUUUCUUAAAUUUCUUCAUUGUUUUCCCAAUCCUAGUGUGACAGUGCUCCUGGAAAAGUUAGAGGAAGAAGAGAAAAUUCAUAGUUAGGAAAGGAAAUUAGAACAGAUAAGCAAGAGUUUUCAGAAGUCAUACAUAGUAGCUUACCUCGCUUUUAGCUUUGCAAAUUGUCUACAUGGCUCAGACUCAACUGAACCACAGAGCUUUAGCAGUAUCAACUACAGCAGCAGCAUGGUUUUUGUUUUGGUGCCUAGUCAUGUUGAGCAAUCUUUGUUUUGCAGAAAGACAGCUGAAAGAUAAACAGCCAGAAAUUUUUGUUGAGAAAGUAGAAAUACAAAGCUUUCUACCUAGAAUUGUUCAUUUCUUCUGGCAGGCUGGCAAGUCUUCUUAUGAGCAUGUUUGGCCGGAAAUGGAAUUCAGCUGGAAAAUUGUAGUGGGAACAAUAGUUGGAUUCUUUGGUGCAGCAUUGGGUAGCGUUGGAGGGGUUGGAGGUGGUGGAAUUUUUGUCCCAAUGCUCACCUUGAUCAUUGGUUUUGACCCCAAGUCUUCUACUGCCAUCUCUAAAUGUAUGAUCAUGGGUGCAGCGGGAUCAACUGUAUACUACAAUCUGAGGCUUAGACACCCAACAUUGGACAUGCCCCUAAUAGAUUAUGACCUGGCAUUGCUCUUUCAGCCCAUGCUCAUGCUAGGAAUUAGCAUCGGAGUUGCCUUCAAUGUCAUGUUUGCUGAUUGGAUGGUCACAGUUCUGCUUAUCAUCCUCUUCAUCGGUACAUCAACAAAAGCUUUAUUCAAAGGUAUCGAUACAUGGAAGAAAGAGACAAUGAUGAAGAAGGAAGCAUCCAAGCUGCUGGAAUCAGAAUCCAAACCCAAUGAUGGUUCCAGAGAAGAGUACAAAGCCCUACCAAGUGGUCCUGCUGCUCCAGAAGAAGAGGAGGUUCCCCUAAUACGCAACAUAUACUGGAAAGAAGUAUCACUGCUUGUGUAUGUCUGGGUGGCUUUCCUUAUUAUUCAGAUUGUUAAGACAUAUACUGUGACCUGCUCCACCGAGUACUGGGUUCUGAACUGCUUGCAGGUACCAAUCGCUGCCUCAGUCACACUUUUUGAAGUCAUAUGCUUAUACAAAGGGACCAGGGUAAUUGCGUCUAAGGGCAAGGAAAUCACAAACUGGAAGUUGCAUCAGAUUCUUCUUUACUGUAGCUGUGGUAUAAUAGCUGGUAUGGUUGGUGGAUUGCUCGGGCUAGGAGGUGGCUUUAUCUUGGGACCCCUUUUUCUCGAAUUGGGAAUUCCUCCUCAGGUUGCAAGUGCUACAUCAACCUUUGCAAUGGUAUUCUCAUCGUCCAUGUCUGUUGUACAAUAUUACCUUCUCAACCGUUUCCCAGUUCCGUAUGCUAGUUAUUUUGUUUUAGUUGCAACAAUAGCUGCCUUUACUGGUCAGCAUGUAGUGAGAAAGAUAAUCGCACUCCUUGGCAGGGCAUCAAUAAUCAUCUUCAUACUAGCUCUGACCAUCUUUGUGAGCGCAAUCAGCUUAGGUGGGGUGGGCAUAGCGAAUAUGGUUGAGAAGAUGGCAAAUCAAGAGUAUAUGGGUUUUGAAAAUCUCUGUCACGAGUCUUAAGUACGUUUGAAUUGGAUAUUGUUGUGGAAUUUCUCAACAGAGAGCAUCUAUAUCCACACUACAAUAUUCAGCUUUACAUAGACACCCAUUUUCCCAUUUGGUUUCAAGCAAAGAUCAUGUAAUAUCUAUGUUAUUACUAGAUGUUCAAUUCAUUAUAUUUAUUUCCUGUGGAACUUCACCAUCUUGUCCUACUACUCUAGAUUUGAAAACACGCCCAUGAUCCAAGAAUUCUGUAAGCUCCCCCAUUUAGCACAAUAAUAUGAAAUGCCAGGUUUACUUUUUACACUA